AUGAAUAAAAAUAGACGUUCCUCCAGUUGUCCAACCUUGAUUUCACAAACCAACAGGACGCUUAGACGAGAAGUUUCAAAUAAUAGACGACUGCUUAAACGAAUCCAAAGGCAUUACCAUCGUCGGUUACCAAGACUUUUGGGAAAGCCAAUCAAGCUCAGUGAUUUGUUUGUGGCUGUAGUAUCUCGCGGAGGUUAUAAAAGGGUGUGCGACCAUAGAUGCUGGUUAGAAGUAGCUCGGGAAUUAAAGCUCCCUAGUGAGUGUGCCAAUGCAAGUGUUGGACUGAGAAGAAUCUAUUACCAAUUCUUAAGUCAUUUUGAAUUCAAAGAAUACCCUUCUCUCUCUGAACAGUUUCUGGUUCAAACACUUGUCGAACCAGAUGUCACUCCUGAAGACGCCACCUUACCACUUUCUUCCGUAGAGCGGAAUCUCGGGAUUGGGACAUCGUGUAAUCAUGCUCAUAUGACUUCCGUUCACUCAGCGGUCGAUCUUUUUGAUCAAUCCCAUCGGUCUCGCUUGUUCCCCUUAUUUCAGGAUUAUAAUUAUAGUAAUAAAGAGAUUCAGAGAACCGGUCAAGAUAAUGAUAUAUUUGACGCCAAUUCUAAUGCAGAUGAAUUUCCUGAUGUAUUUGAACCCUCACAACUGCGUUUAGUGGAAUCAGCAUUGUGUUCAGGUCUACCAAAUGAGAUAGAAGUUGCUUUAAACUCCCUUCUUGUUUUAUCUAUAACUCCAUCAUCUGGUUCAUCAACUAGCGUUAGGCUCGCUCAUUGUACAAACUUACUUUCUCUUCUCGUAGCAUCUGUUGGAAUAUAUGGAGAAGACUUUGGAUCCUAUAUCUCCUGUGAUGAAACUUGGGGACGUCAGAAUCAACUCAACUUUCUCAAAUUUUGGUACAGUGUUGUUCGUGAACCGUCUGGACGUAUAUUCCUUCGUCCUGAUGUUUUCAUUAAUACUGAGUACACUAUUGAUGAAAUUGGCACAAAUGAAGAAAAGGCUAUGCAUGAGCUUUUUACUCCGUAUUCCAAUCAGUAUUUUGGAACCCAUUGGCCAAUGGAAGGUUUUGAAGGUUCCCGUGUUUUGUUGAUCGCCACUAUUCUUGUUAACCUGGUGACUCCACCACCUGUUGCCUAUGCGUCAGUAGUCGAAGAUGAUGAUGACGAACUAGAUUUUGGACCUAUUAUACCUUGCAAUCUUUUCCCAAAUGGUUUGCCUCUUGUAACUUGGCGAGAAAAUGCACGUGUUAUUGCAGGAAGUCCAAAUGCACUUCGUUUUAUAUUUCUUUGUGCUUAUGCACAUCACUCAGGAUUGAGAUCCUUGGGGCUACAACUACUUUCAAGCAUACGCUAUCCCCUAGAUCCACCUAGUUUAUCACUCCCACUUGAUUGCCCAGAAUACUGGACACCUUUAAUUGAUAACGGUUGUCGUCUUGGCCAGCUAACCUUAGCAUUUCUAACUCGAUGUAUUCUGGAAAGUAAUGAUCGAUGUGAUUUAAUUGCAGGUUUGAUGUUUCUGGCUAAUCUAACGAAAGUUCGUGAAAAAAUGAAUUUAUCUAGUCUUCUUGUCGGUCUACCUCAAACUGUUUGGCCCAGACUUGCCCAGUUGUUAUGCUUACCAGAUUUGGCAGUUGUGUGUGCUACUUUAGAGGCUCUUCGUUGCUUAACAAAUCUGGAUGCAACAAUGUGUUUAACUUGCUGGGAGUCCUGUUGCUUGAAUGUAAAUUCAUUCGAUCAAGAAAACAUUCCUUUUAUUUUACUCCAACCUUUGUUAGCAUUACUUACAUUAGAAGGUCAGGCGAUGGGUUCUCAAUCGCUUCAUCGCAUCAGACUUUUACCCCGCACUCCACAAGCUCAAAAUGUUCAACCACAACUUCCUCAUGGGGCCAGUCUACGAAUUCCUGCUCUUAAUCGUCUGUCUCCUAAUGUGAAUGAGCUCAAUCGAUCCAGGGAUGCACCAGCAUACCAUAAUGGGCAAGUGUUUAAGUCAUAUUUACGCCCAAAACUUCCUGUAGUACAUCCAGUUCCUUCUGAUUCUUUUGAUAAUAAUGAUAUCCAUAACUCUUCUACUUCAUCCUUUCGUAAUUUGAAGUUCGAACCUAGUACUCAUUUAAAACAAUCCCCAAUUUCGUCAACAUCUACUUGUGUAUCACAUCCAGUGUACAGACCUCAAAGCGGAAGUACUGCUUGCUCUGGUCUUAUCAACUUACUAUCUUCAGUGCCACCUGCCUCAUCAUCACCUAAUAUCAAUAUGCCAGUUAUCAAUUCUACUUCUCCUAAUUCACCAAAAGUGGUUACACCUAGUCUAUCUGAACUGACAGACAGACUUCAAAUGCCACCACCUUCCUUACCACCGCCAUCUGCAAUGCGACGUUCCAUAAAACGGACUCAUUCACGGACGAGUCUAAUUUCAUCUCCUACUCAACCGACUGAUGCAGUAAAAAUGAAUAUUUCUUCGCCUUGUAGAACUAAUCACUCAUCAGGAAACAUGACUGUAACAGAUCGAAUUAGUCCAACAUCGUUGCUGCUUACAAAUCCGUGCAAUCUAAGAUCCCAACCUCAAGGAGACUCAGUUCCUUUAGGGGUAUCUAUAAAUUCCAAGGAAAUUCAGCAAACUGAGAAACAUGAAGUUUGUUCAGGAAAUUUUUCCGACGAAUCUUUAAAUCAAAUAAAUAAUUCUCGUAAUUUACUACCUCAUUUGAAGCCAAUUGUAAAUUAUGAUACUUGUAACAAGAAAACCAGUCAUAAUAAUAAUAAUAGUAGUAAGGACGAGUUAGAUGAUAGUGAAAUCAAGCCUAUUGUUAAUGGUGAAAAAAGUAUUGAUCCUAUCAUGGAUGGUGAACUCAAAAGUUCAAUUAAUACUUUUCAUACGAAUGGUCUUCGAACUGGUAUUUUACAAGAAGCUGUUUUAGCUAUUCAAGACAGAAAAUUAAAGCAAACUUCUGAACAGUGUAAAUCAACUAUCAAAUGUGUCAAUGGUGUAUUAGAGACGAAGCGUGAACUAAUCUUAAGUACAAAAGAUAAUUCAAACAUGGAUACUGACCCGAAUAAUGGUAAAUCAACGCCUUUUGAUGUAUGUGAGAAUUCAAAUAAAAAAUCGAACAUGGCUUCUUUAAGCAAUGGAUACUUAACGGAUGACAUUCAUGAAAAUGAAAAAGAUAACAAUUCACUACGUGAAAAUAAUCCAUUGUAUAUUACUUCUAGUGGGAAUGGUAACAUUAAUAAUAAUGUCAAUAAUAAUGAAAACAGUGAUAAACUGGAGAAAAAUCCGAAUUUCCGGUUUCGCGCUGUACAUUCUCAUAGAUUCUUGAAGCGUCGACGAAAAUGGGGUUCAAAAAGUCGAUUGUUCACACCCAAGCGUCGACGUGAUCCGACGUCUAGACAUAUUGACUGGUCACCGACUUUGCAUGUUCCAUUAACGUUUAAUCCUGUACCUGGUUCUGUUCUUGAUCCUACUUGGAAACAAUCCACUGAUCCAGUAUCAGUUGAAUCCUCUCCAGACACCAGUAUUAGCAGCAGCAGUAGUAGUAGUAGUAGUAGUAAGGUGAUAGUUGAACCUCCAAGCAAUGAUAACAAAAAUUCAUCAAUCUCAAAAGAUGUUAUGGACAAACCAAACAAGCUUGAUUGUGAUGUUUCCGUGACCAGUGAAUCGUCAGAACUCAAUUCACAAUCUGGCAAUACACCAUACAAUGCUAGUCUCACAUGUUCAGAGGAUUCAUCUAAAACAGUUAACACAGAAAAGCCAGUAUUGUAUUUAUGUGAAUGGGAGUGUUGUACAGCUACAUUUGAAUUGAAACACCAGGUUGCCUAUCAUGUUUACAGUACACACUUACCUAGCAAGGAAAGUUGGAAAGUAGAUGGAUCACAUCAUGCAAACCAUAAAUAUUCUGUUCAACUUGUACGUCGUUGCUGUCGUUGGCGAGGCUGUCAGUCAGCAUCACUAGCUCGAGCACCGUACGCUUUAAUGACUCAUGUGCUUGAUAUGCAUUGCAGUCCAAGAGAACUAGAAGCACGGAGAUCAAACCAUGAGAAGUCUAAAACUGAGUACAGAACUCGUAAUGAACAUUUUUCUGAUGGUAAUUCAUCGAUUGGAGAUACACAUCCAGAAUAUCCUUUAGUUAGUGAUCGUACAGGAUGGGGAAUCAUUCGUUCUGUUGAAGCUAAAAAUAUGCAAACUGAGCUGUUGGCUGCACAACAUCAUUUUCUACUUACAAAUCCCAAUUGUCAUUCAAAUAUUUCAAUAAAUCCAUUUGUUCAUUCGGGCAUAAAUAAUCCACCACGUGAAGGACCAGUAACAAAACAUCUUCGAGUAACUUCCGCACUUAUAUUAAAAAACCUAGCAGUGCAUGUUGAUCAAGCUAGAAGGUGGUUACUUAAAGAGUCACAACUGUUAUCAGAAAUAGCAUUUGGAUGUACACCAAGUGAAACAGGAUUAAAAACAAACAAUGCCAGUCAUAUUAUUGCCCAAUGUUUAUCUAUAUGCACCUUAAAACAAAAUUCUACGAAUUGUGUUUUAUCACAUCCAUUAGAACGCCCAAUAAACAUUCCGUUACUAUCUACAAACACUUAUUCAUCCUUGAAGAUUCAAUUGAAUGAAUCGACAAUACAUCAUUUUAAAGAAUCUACUGUAGAUCUAGAUUCAGAAACUUGUAAUUCAUAG